AGUAACUCUAAAACACAUAUGCCAAAGGGUUCUGAAUAAGGACAUUAUCUUGCUUAUCAGUUAACAGGUCAAGGCCAAUGUUUCAAAGACGACAUUUUGUUAAACGAAUAUAUAAAACAGUAAAUUGAAGCGAAAACAUACAGUAUGAAACUUCUCGUGAUAACUGGUGACGAUUUAGGCUACAGCAAAGAGAGGAAUGAAGGACUUGUGGACUGCUUCAGAAAAGGUGUCAUCACACACACAUCCUUGAUGGUGAAUGGAGUUGGUGCAGAGCAUGGAGUCAUGUUGUGCAAGAGACACUCCGUACCUAUGGGACUGCAUUUCAAUAUCUCUGAGGGAGUUCCAGUUUCUGAGGCAACAAAGUCCAGCAGUCUUGUUGAUAAAGAGGGAUUAUUCUUGGAAAAAGAAAGAUUUUGGGAAUCAGCAAAAGGUGGACAUUUAGACAUUAAAGAUGUGAAAGUAGAGUUGGAGGCACAGCUGACAAAGUUUGAGGCACUAGUUGGACAUCCCCCAAUACACGUAGACGGACACCAGCAUGCCCAUAUCUUUCCUGGUGUGAGAAAAGCCUUCGCUGAGGUGCUGGGCUCUCGGGGCAUCAGGAGCACCAGACUGCCGAUCGAUCCUGUCAUCCUGUCCGGAGACUGGAUCCCAAGCGACUACUUGGAUUCCUUCAAGGUGAUCAUCGAGUUGUCUCGUCAGAGCCUGCCUGUGUUCCAGGAGAAUGGCGUCAGAGUGAGCGACUGUUUCUUUGGACUGUGCACCAUGGGGUACGACAUGACAGUGGACAGACUCAAGACAGGAAUAAGUAGGGCAUAUGAGUCUGUGGCCUCAGGAGCAGGCGACUCUGUGUGUGAGUUGAUGGCCCACCCAGGGUACAUGAAUGGAGAGGUGGGAGGAUGUGGCACAGGUGCUGAUGAUUUCUCAAAAUCAGAGGCAAGAGAACAUGAGAUCCAUGUUCUGAAUGAUAAGUCUCUGCAGGCAUUUUACACACAGGAACAGAUAAAGCUUGUGCCUUUUAGUGAAUGCUGGCAAUGAGAUCCUAAAGUACUGUUGGAAAUCUUUGGAAACAUCCUCCUGGAUCCAUUCCUGUGGUUCUUGCGAUCUCAAAUUACCUGCCCUACAUCUUCGUUUGCCAAUUUUAUUUACUAUGCUCCUCAGUCUAACACAGUGCGAGUUACAAACCAGCCUCAAUGUUGGGUUGGUGAUAUCAAGAACAUGGCGGCCAGUCCCAUUGAUUAAGAUAAGUUUGUGAAAAAAUUCAACAUUGAAGAACUGACCAACAUGCAAAAGAAAAUCCUCAAACAGCUUUUUGGUCAUCUUCAGGAGGCAAGAGAGUUAACUGACUUUAAAAGUCUAGUUCCACUCUUGCCAAACUUGGCUGGAAUAUCUGGGCAAGAUCGUAUCACCACCAGUGGCUAUUUCAAAUUAUGUCCCUUUUAUGUCCCUCCUAUUGACCAAUCAGAUUCCACCUCUCAUAUCACUUGCAUUUGCUUCAAACAAAAUGGUGACGUCCACUGAUCAUGAUCUGAUCAAUAAUUAAGAUCUUUAUUGUAACUAAACGGGUCUUACAUUGUGAAUUGCAUUAAAUCACGUGAGCACCGUGAUUAAAAACAUGAAAAGAUUUGGAAUAUAUAUGUCGACGCUAAACUGACAGCAUACAUGCUUUGCAAAUCCUGCAAUUGACCGAAAUCUGCACGGCAGUUUAUGAAUCAGAUGUCGAUUUCAUUACGCGAUUUUGAUUGGACUAUGCAUAGACUCAUUGGUCCAGGCAAAAUAUGACUAAUUCCAGCCAAGUUUCGCAAGGGUGAACACUGGACUUUUGUAGUCAGUUAACACCCUUGCCUCGGGAAGAUGCUUUCUGGCGGAAAGGAUGUCUUCAUGUACAUGAAAAUUGGCCGUGGCUUUGGUUUCUAGACUAUUCCUUACCAAUUCCAGUAUCUGGACGUUUGAUUGGUCGGUAAAAUGUUAGUGAUAAUCAAGGGCAGGUAAUUUGAAAUUUAAAAGCAAAAUCAUAAAGAAUAUAUUUUACAGGGUAUUACUUGAAUUUAAAAAUUAUGACUUUUGUCCUGGAAAAGUAUUCGAUUUCUGUUAGGGGGUACUUGUGUGAAAUAUUUGACUUUGAUGUCAGAGUACUUGAUAUUUGUGAAAAUCUCCAUGAGUGUCUCUAAGAUAUAUUUGAAUUAUGGAGAAACAAAAGAUCUUCUUCGAAACAUCAUUUCCCCUUCUGUUUGCACUUUAAUAAACAUAAAUGAGCAACCAUUUGAUUCUCAGUCGGGGGAUCAGGGCUGGGAUUUAGGUAUGAGAUCAGCAUUUUUUGUCUUAAUGUUCAGGAGCCCAAUUUUUCCCCCAACAUAAAAAAAUGUGCGCAAAUAGUAUAUUUUUGUAAAUACAGGAGCUUGAUUAUUUUAGAAAAAUAUCCCCACCAACCCCCUAAAAUCAAAAGGAUGCUCUCUUUUGUGCUUCACGGUGGGCAAUUUGAUUUCACACAUAAAUGGUCUGCUCGAGGAAUGUGGUUCUGACUGGUAGACAUGUGAUUGUUUAGAGAUGGUGACAGCCAAAUUAGUCACAAACAUCUCAUAUUAAAUUUUAAAUUUUAAAAAAAAUA